AAAGACAAGAGAGAGGGAAACUUGUUGCGGAUAGAGAUCUAGUCAAUGAUACCGAGGACAAUCACUUGGGUCGGUGUACAGCCUUCUCAACAGCUGUCAGGAGCUUCGAUCUGCGUCUCCAUCUGCAUCCUCGGUGAAUUCCUCCACGGUUGCGCCGCCAAGGCAGGAGACUCGCCGCUUGUUUCGCGGUCGUGAGGUACCACCGGAGACACCAUGAGCCAGAGGUUUACCGUGACCGCCUUUUCCAAGAGCGACAGUGGCCGUAACGUGUCAGACAUCCAGGGCGAGGUGAACCAACUGUUCGAGGGAGAUGAACCCACUCCGAGCUCUUCAAACAAAGAGGUGUCUUUCAAUACGGAGGUAGUAGUCGUGCAAGGAGAUGGGAACCCCAAGGAGAGUAGUCCUUUCAUCAACAGCAGUGAUGCUACGGAGAAGAGCCAGAAAUACGAUGGCAAACAUAUGGCUCUGUUUGAGGAGGAGAUGGAGACUAGUCCCAUGGUAUCAACCAUGAUCAGUAGCCUGGCCAACUACUCCAGUCUCCCCCAGGGCAGCAAGGAGCACGAGGAGGAGGCAGACAAUGAGGAGGAAGACAAAAAGAAGAAGAAACCUGUCAAGGCUCCACAGUUGGGGACCCUGAUGGGAGUGUACCUCCCCUGUAUCCAGAACAUCUUCGGGGUGAUCCUGUUCCUGCGGAUGACCUGGAUGGUGGGCAUCGGAGGAGUCAUUGGCUCCUUCAUCAUCGUCUUCAUGUGUUGUUCUACUACUAUGCUGACUGCAAUCUCCAUGAGUGCCAUUGCCACCAAUGGUGUUGUUCCAGCUGGAGGCUCCUACUACAUGAUCUCCCGUUCUCUGGGGCCUGAGUUUGGGGGUGCCGUGGGCAUUUGUUUCUACCUGGGAACAACGUUUGCUGGAGCCAUGUACAUCCUGGGGUCCAUCGAACUCUUACUGGUCUACAUCCUCCCCCAGGCAGCCAUCUUUAAGAUGGAGGGUCUGGAGGGGGCCGAGGCGGAGGCAGCGAUGCUUAACAACAUGCGUGUGUACGGCACCAUUGUGCUCAGUUUCAUGGCCACGGUGGUGUUUGUGGGGGUCAAGUACGUCAACAAGUUAGCCUUGCUCUUCCUGGCCUGCGUCAUCCUGUCCAUUCUGGCUGUGUAUGCCGGAGUCAUCAAGACUGCCAUCGAGCCACCUGACUUCCCAGUGUGUCUGCUGGGUAAUCGCCCGCUGAUCUCCAAAGGGUUCGACGUGUGCGCCAAAACAUUGGAGAGUGGCAACGGCACGGUCACCACCAAGCUGUGGAGCGUCUUCUGCGACUCGCCCUUCCUCAACGCCACCUGCGACGAGUACUUUGUCAACAACAACGUGUCCUUCAUCCAGGGCAUCCCUGGUGUCAUGAGUGGCAUCCUCAAAGAGAACCUAUUUGGGAAUUACCUGGAGAAGGGGGAUCUAGUGGCUAAGAAGGGGAUUGCGACCGUGGAGGGCCCUGAUGACACUCUGACCAACUCCAACCGUUAUGUCCUGGCCGACAUCACCAGCUUCUUCACCCUGCUGGUCGGAAUCUACUUCCCCUCCGUCACAGGGAUCAUGGCCGGAUCAAACCGCUCAGGAGAUCUACGCGACGCUCAGAAGUCGAUCCCCAUCGGCACUAUCAUGGCCAUCACCACUACCUCAAUAGUGUACAUGUCAGCUGUGAUCCUGUUCGGGGCCUGUAUCGAGGGAGUGGUCCUUAGAGACAAGUUUGGGGAGGGCGUCAAUGGCAACCUGGUCAUUGGCACCUUGGCCUGGCCGUCCCCGUGGGUUAUUGUCAUUGGCUCCUUCUUCUCCACCUGUGGGGCGGGGCUUCAGAGCUUGACGGGUGCUCCGCGUCUCAUGCAGGCCAUCUCCAGGGACGGUGUCGUGCCCAUCCUACGGGUGUUUGGCCAUUCAUGGGCCUUGCUAACAUCUAUCUGUGAGAUUGGGAUCCUCAUUGCCUCUCUGGACGCAGUGGCCCCAUCCUCUCCAUGUGAGUUCUUUCUGAUGUGCUAUAUGUUUGUGAACCUGGCCUGCGCCUUGCAAACCCUCCUGAGGACGCCGAACUGGAGGCCGCGUUUCAACUACUACCACUGGGCCCUGUCCUUCCUGGGUAUGAGCCUGUGUCUCUCACUCAUGUUCAUCUGUUCCUGGUUCUACGCCAUCGUCGCCAUGGUGAUCGCUAGCAGUAUCUACAAGUAUAUUGAGUUCCACGGGGCGGAGAAAGAGUGGGGUGAUGGGAUACGAGGCAUUUCUCUCAGCGCCGCCCGAUACGCUCUGAUGAGACUGGAGGAGGGGCCUCCACACACCAAGAACUGGAGGCCUCAGCUGCUGGUGUUGGUCAGUACAGACGCGGAGCAGAAUGUGGAGCAGCCUCGUCUGCUCUCCCUGACCAACCAGCUGAAAGCAGGCAAAGGGCUGACCAUCGUGGGCACUGCCUUGGCGGGCACUUAUCUGGAGAACCACCCCCAGGCCCAGCGGGCAGAGCAGUCUCUGCGUAAGCUGAUGGAGACAGAGAAGGUGAAAGGCUUCUGUCAGGUCACCAUCUCGUCCAACAUGCGCGACGCCACCUCCCACCUGCUCCAGGCUAGCGGGCUGGGAGGCCUCAUGCACAACACGGUGCUGGUCAGCUGGCCUCGCAACUGGAAGCAGGCCGAUGACCUACAGACCUGGAGAGAUUUCAUUGAGCUGGUUAGGGAGACCACUGCCGCCCACCUGGCCCUGCUGGUGCCCAAGAACAUCGCUGCCUUCCCUUCCAAUGGUGAGCGCUUCUCCGAGGGCCACAUCGACGUGUGGUGGAUCGUCCACGAUGGAGGCAUGCUGAUGCUGCUGCCCUUCCUUCUGCGCCAGCACAAGGUGUGGAGGAAGUGUAAGAUGCGCAUCUUCACCGUGGCCCAGAUGGACGACAACAGCAUCCAGAUGAAGAAAGACCUGACCACCUUCCUGUAUCACCUGCGUAUCGAUGCCGAGGUUGAAGUGGUGGAAAUGCACGACAGUGACAUCUCGGCCUACACCUAUGAGAAGACCCUGGUGAUGGAACAGCGAUCGCAGAUCCUCAAGCAGAUUAACCUGACCAAGACCGAGCGAGAGAGAGAGAUCCAGAGCAUCACAGACUCAUCCCGCGGAUCCAUCCGACGUAAGAAUCCGGCGGUGGUGACCACCCAGCUGAGUGUGACCGAAGAACAGCCCGGGGUGAGCAGCAAGGUGGAGAAACCAGAGGAAGAGGUCCAGCUCAUCCACGACAGCACCAGCCCGACCAGUCCGGCUACCCCUCUGACUCCAGCUUCCGAGGGGGGGGCCCAGACCCCAGGGUCUGCACAGGUCCAGAUGACCUGGACAGAAAAGGCCGACAGCGAGCCGGCCAAGCCUCCUGGCGCCUCCACGCCGCAGGGCAUCAAAGACAUUUUCAACAUGAAGCCUGAGUGGGAAAACCUAAACCAGUCCAAUGUGAGGCGCAUGCACACGGCACUGAGGCUGAAUGGUGUCAUCGUAAAGAAAUCCUCAGAGGCCAAGCUGGUGCUCCUCAAUAUGCCUGGGCCGCCCAAUAACCGGUCUGGAGACGAGAACUACAUGGAGUUCCUGGAGGUCCUGACUGAGGGUCUCAACAGAGUCCUCCUGGUUCGUGGUGGCGGUCGCGAGGUCAUCACCAUCUACUCUUGAGAGAGCAGACCUUUCUACCCUACGAACCCCUUCAUCUCCCGAACCCCACAUCUAGAAAAAAUACCCCACUUCCAUUUGUGUUUGUAAGACACUCCCCUCACACCCAAGCAAUAGACCAGCUCGCUCUAAAUGAUAUUCUGUUUGCCUAACACACACACACAGUUUAAAUAAAUUCACCCCAUACACCACCCCACCCCUAUGAGCACAAGAAGUUAAAAGAUUUAUAUUGGGUUAAAAAAAAUGCUGAAAAUAUGUAUUUUAGCUUGAAAACACGCUGAAAAUACAUAUAUUUUUGGUCAAAAAUAUGCUGAAAAUACCUAUUUGGGGUUGAAAAAAAAUGUUUUUAGCAUCUUGUGCUCACUGGAUACAGAGCUACACCUCACUCUUCCAGCCCUUUUCUGGCCCUAUAUGAUGUCAGAGGUAGCUGCUUUUAGCCUCAUAUCAAAUAUAACAGAUGCUCAGAGACUUGGCCUCCCCCUCUCCGUGGCCCAAAUAACUUAUAAAGGAAAGGUUCAGGCCACUUCCAAAUCAGCCAGAAAGAUUAUCAGUCAAUACUCUGAAAUGAAAGUGUAAAACAGCGCCCUCUGCUGGAUAAUUUGCAGUUAGACAUCAUUGCCCGGCUAAACCCGCUUUUGUGUGAUUCACAUCUGCCUUUUGAUCAAUUCACUAGUUUAAAAACAAUUAUAAAUGAUGUAACCUUUAUUUAGCUAGGUAAGUCAGUUUAGAACAAAUUCUUAUUUACAAUGACGGCCAAACCCUAACGACGCUGGGCCAAUUGUGCGCCACCCUAUGGGACUCCCCAUCAUGUCUGGUUGUGAUACAGCCUGGAAUCGAACCAGGGUCUGUGACUCCUCGAGCACUGAGAUGCAGUGCCUUAGACCACUGCACCACUCGGGAUCCCUAGUCACUCGGCUAUGGAGUCGAAGGAUACAGAGGGUUAGGUGCGCUGGGGUUGUUCAGUGUGGUGUUUGUGCCUGUGUGUUUAAGUGUCACAUUCAUCCGUUUGUUUUUACGAGGGGAUGUUUUAGAGUGCCAUCCAGUCACCUACCUGUAAACAUGGAGUAGCCUUCCAAGACUGAAUGGUGGACUGAGGAUGUUGACAUUGUGUAGCUAGUCGUAUAUAUCACCCUGUGAAUCCACAGCAAAGAGAGAAUAUCGAAAAGCUGCUGUGGCAAACCCUGUUCAUCACGUGCAGAGAUGACCACCGUCGAGAAAGACUGCUACCCACGGUCAUGGUCGGUGGUUGGAAGAGAAUGAGGUCAUUUUUUAAAUCCGGGUCAGUCAUGAACGAAAGAACCACAGUUGGAGGAAGAUGGGAGAGAAACAAACAAGCCUCCCGUGAUGACAUAGAUCGCGCUUCAUGAACUUUGACCUCAUCUUGAGCACUCCGCAACAUGUUUGUUUUUGCUCACACAUUGUCAUCAUAUUUAUACUUGUCCCCUUUCCCCUUUCUAAGUGGCUAUGUGUCCUUACUAGCUCCAGCCACUGUUAGUGCCAAAAACAACAGGGCUAGCUUGGUUUUAGUUAUUGACACGUCGUUAAACUGUGAGGAGCGUUCUUAGCGGAAAAGUCGUCUAACAGACGAGCUAGGGCUCUUUCUCAAUUGGCUUUCCUCAAUUGCUGCUGUCCUCUUUCCUCGAUUCAUUGUGUUUCCUCACCUCCUUGGACAGAGAGACAAGAGCUGUGUUCGAAUACUCAUACUAACCAUUUGUGACGUAAAUUGAGUGUAUAAUGUGCUUAUUGGUCAUAGUAUGGAUAUAGUUAGUAUGCAAAAAGUUUUCGGAUUUCGUACUCCAUUUGACAAAAUACGAAGUAAACAUGCAGUAUUUUAGUGCUUUUAGGGCCCAUAAUGUUUUCAGAUUUUAAGAAAAUGGCGGAAAACGAGAGCGGAUACAAUUAUGACAAAUGUUAAGAAACUGUUGAGCAAUGUAAUGACUUUUCCAGUAAGUUACCUAACACGUUAUGUAGAAUGUGAAUUUGUUAGCUACGCUGUCCGCUGAACAGCAUAUCAUUUAUUUUUUUUAAUUGACCAUUAUUUAACUAGGCAAGUCAGUUAAGAAGAAAUUCUUAUUUACAAUGACGGCCAAACCCAGACGACG